GAAACUCAUUUUUGAGAAGAUUUUGAAAAGGUCUUGAACUACUUACACCGGACACAGCAAAGCGGCAAGCUGUAAAUUUAUUUCCUGAGUGCUUUAAUUUGUUUAACAUGAUAUACAUCGUCCACGCUCCAAUCCAGUAGGUGGCGACAACAUCAAUUAAUUACAUUUUGCAGUGGGUCAAGGAAGUUAUCGUCAAGCGUUAUGUUUGAGGUUAGUGAGCCUUUUAAUGUUGCUUUAACCCAAUUGUGAGACAGAUUUGCCUGGCUUCCUGAUCACUUGGGAAAUCGACAGGAAGACAAAAAGUAGCACAUAUAUUUCCGUGUCAUGGCGUGGUUUCAUAGUGCAAUUCAAAGCUCGAACGAGCACAUUGAUUCUGCAGAUUGUUCAAGUCGCUUUUGCACUACCUACAGCCAACUUCCAGGAUUAACAGAAGUAACUGUACCCACGAUCACCCCACAUGAAUGGUCCGGUUGUGCCUCAUCCAUCUCCACAGACUUUCCAUCUCCCCCCCUCCACACACCAGGACCCCCUAGCCUGGAGAACUUGUCGUGCAGUUCUUCUACUGGACCUCAGGGUAAAGAACCACUGCCCAUUUCCUACGUGACCCUCCAGGAGCAGCGUUGUGUUCUAAGCUGGUUUCAGGGUUGGGAUGCUACUCAAAGGGAGCGUUUCAUGCAGGACCUACUGGGAAAGGCUGUACCUGGGAAGGUGUGCACCUUAUUAGACUCACUGAGUACUCUUCAGGUGAAGGACAAACUACCGAACAUCUUUGAAUGCCAGCUAAGACUUUGGAGCCAGUGGUUUGAGUCUUGGGAAGAAGAAGAGAGGAAUCAUUUUCUACAUAUUUUAGAAGAAAAGGACCCAGUUUUUGUAGCACACUUUCACAAAUGUGUUGCAGGAACAGCUGGAAAAGACUAAUUUCAUUUUUUAUUGGGAGACUUUUGUACCUAUCACUUUUGUGCAGCAGAACACAAAAUAUACUUUGCAAUCAUGUAACUGUUUAUUUUGCACUACAGAUGUAAUAUAACCUGGGCUAGUAUUUGGCUAAGGUGUCAUAUGGGUUA